AUGGGACGUUCAUUGUUGAGAGGCUUUACUGCUGCCCUGGGCUUGGCCCUUGGUGUGUCGGCUACUUGUCAGGAAGUCUAUGACUAUAUCGUCGUGGGCGGAGGACCAGCAGGAAUCAUCACUGCUGAGAGGCUGGCCGAGGCCCAAAAGAAGGUUCUCUUGAUUGAGCGAGGAUCCGGACCAACGGCCGCAACUGGAUCGAACCACACUCUCAGCUGGAACGACACCUUGACCGAGAUUGACGUUCCUGGCCUGUCGGCUGACAUUGGCGGUCUCGAUGUUUGGACCGAAUACAUUUGCUCCGACGUGCCCAAUUAUGCAGCCUGCGUGUUGGGAGGUGGUGUUACCGUCAACUACAUGGUCUUUGUGCACCCUCCCGCUCACGACUUUGAAAAGUGGCCAAAGGGUUGGAACUGGGAUGAUGUCGCUUCCGCUGCCGAAAGACUGUACGAGCGCAACCCCGGAACGACAUUGCCCUCGGCCGACGGCCAGAGAUAUGACCAACAAUUGUACUCGAUCCUGUCCAACUUUUUCGACAACCUCGGCUGGAAGUCUGUCGACAUGAGCGAGCAGCCCGACGAAAAGUUCGAGGUCUACAGUUACCCUGCCUGGAACAUCAAGGAUGGCAAGCGUGCCGGCCCGGUCCGCACAUACCUGCCUCUGGCCGAGGAACUCGACAACUUUACUCUUCAGCUCCACACCAAGGUUCUCGGACUCGUGCGAUCCGGCUCCCAGGUGACUGGUGUCGAGGUCGAGACUAGCAACGGCACACGCAAGACUAUUGGACUUGCCGAGGGCGGAAGAGUCGUCCUGUCUGCUGGUGCCUUGUCCACUCCCCGUAUUCUGUACAACUCUGGCAUCGGACCCCAGGCCCAGCUCAUGAACGUCAGUGUCAGCAACGUUUCCACUCUUCCUCCCCAGGACCAGUGGCUUGAUCUGCCUGUUGGCGCCACCCUGAUGGACCACCCCAUCUUUGCCAUCCAGGUCCAGACCAACGGAACCUUUGGCAUGGCCGACUUUGACGCCAUUCUCAACGGCACAGAUGCCUCUGUUGAGCCGUACGAGACUAUCAACUCGGGUCUUCUCACCGAGGGCAAGCACCGUGCCAUCUUCUUCACGUCCAACGUCGGAGCCGACAACAUUACUCGCUACUACCAGGGCUCGUGUGCUCCUACUGGCGAGGGCAUCUUUACCAUCACCUCUUACAUGACUCACGGUCUUACCUCGUCCGGAUCUCUGGGCAUUGACACCAACGGCAACACCAUUGUCACUUCGAACCCCUACAUGCAGACGGCCGGCGAUCAGCAAGCCGCCAAGAUGUUUAUCCAGUCCAUGGUGGACGCCAUCACCGCUCCUGGUACAGGUCUGACACUGAUCUCUGCCACCAACACCAGUGCUAUUUACGAGACUCUCACCAUUGGUGACCACUUUGUCGGUACCGCCAAGAUGGGUACCGAUGAUGGCCGCAAGAACGGUACCUCGGUGGUUGACACCAACGCCAAGGUGUACGGAAUGGACAACCUGUUCAUCACUGACGCCAGUAUCCACCCUGACCUUCCUACCGGUAACCUCCAGGCUACUGUCAUGGUUGCCGCCGAGGCAGCUGUUGCCAAGAUCUUGGCUUACGAGUAA